GUCGAGUAGACUUCAAUCUACUUCAGGAAGCUCUUGCCUAUGCAGUCAUCAUUGUUUUUAACAACACCGCACGACGAUCUAACCGAUCUGUUCUCAGAAGAGCUCAAUGGAAGAACUCAGGGCUGCUGCGAAAGUGCACUACCGCGAUAACGCUGUCUUCAAGAGGGCCAUCCAAACGAUCAAUGACCGCAUCGAGUUUUCGUUUGAAGACCGGGUGAAUUACGAAACUUUUGUGACCCUGAUUGAGGAGAGGUCACGGCGCUGCACUUCCAAGGCCCUGUUCCGCCAGCUGGACAGGGGCGAGAAGGGCCAUCUUGACCGCGACGACGUACGCAUACUGUACUAUCUGAUGGACACGAGAGGCGACUGCUCUUGCUGCGGUGACAUCCUGAGGAGUGUGUACUAUACCUGCCUUCCCUGCUUCGACAACUGCAAGUCGCCAAACAACCCGACUUUCAACGUCUGCAUUGCUUGUUACCGCGACAAGGCCUUCAAGCACCCGCAACACAAUGUUUUCGUGGACAAUUACGAGUUGCUGCUAAAGAGGAGAUUUCAGCAGUUGAACUGGGAGGAACUCCGACAAUCAGCGGUGCAAGGCGCUGCGACUGGGUUGUUAUUUGGAGCGAUAAAAGAAGGGUUCAAUGAGAGGGAGGCAAUAGCUGAUGGACUAACAGAAACGUUUGGUGAGCUCCUGAACCAAGCUCCGGAGGCUGGCGUGAGCGAACUCUCCGGCUUCGACCCCAGCAGCGGCUUAGUGCAGGAAGCAAGCUCUGAGGCCGGGAAUGGAGUGCUUGACGCCUUCGGGGAUUUUAUCGUCUCAAUGUUUAAUUAGGAUACUCACAUCUGGCUUCUCCUCCUUGGAGACUAUCGUUUUUUUUCUUCGAAUAACUGUUUCCUCGAACUUUCUCGGUUAAAACAAUGUAAUUGGCAAGUCUGAACUCUUUAUUCUACCUUGACACUUUUGCAUGAUAAAUAGAGAAUUC